CUGUGUGGAAUGCUCUGCUCUACUGUGUCCUGUAUGUGACGUGUUCUGUGCUGCUCCUUUAAGCAGCCGCUGGUCUUUACUACUGUACAGUGAGUGGUGCCACAGCCAGGCUUCAGAUCAGCACACGCCUCACGCUGAGCAGGGACCAGCAUGAGCACAGUGUCUGAGCCCCUGGUCAGCGGAAGCAGCAGGUCUCUGUCUUCAGCCAAGAGACACAAGAGCAUCAGGAAAAACUCUAGGAGGAUUUUCUCAACCUACCAUAACCAGCAGGGCCCCUCAGAUGAUGAAGAUAAAGAGGAUGAGCGGGUGGACAGCAAUGACCCAGAGGAAAUGUUCCAGAACAUUCAGUACCAAAAGGAGAUCAUCGCCAACAUUCGGUCCAGACCAUGGCCAAUGAAACGGAAGCUGAAAGUCCUAAAGCAAGCCAGAGAGAUUGUUCUAAGGUACGAGGGCCGACUGACCAGAACCAGAGGAUACCAGACGGCAGGAGCUGACCUGCUGAUAAAACUUUCACGUCUGCUUUACAACAUUGUGGUUUUAUUCAUUCCCUGGGAAGUGAGGAUCAAGAAAAUUGAAAGUCACUUCGGGUCGGGUGUGGCGUCCUACUUCAUCUUCCUUCGCUGGUUAUUUGGGAUCAACAUCGUCCUCACCAUCAUGACGGGAGCCUUCAUCGUCCUACCAGAGCUGCUGGCUGGGGCUGCGUUUGGAACAACCAGGAGCAAAACCAUCCCCAGGGAGCAUCUGGCUUCAGCCCAGGACCUGGACACCAUCUGGUCUCUCGGGGGUUACUUGCAGUACUCUGUUCUAUUCUACGGCUACUACGGCAGCGUGAGAAAAAUUGGCAGCGCUGGCUACCGGUUACCUCUGGCCUACUUCUUAGUUGGAAUGGCAGUGUUUGCCUACAGUUUCAUCAUUCUGCUGAGGAAAAUGGCCAAGAACUCUCGUCUGAGCCUGGCCAGCACCUCCGAUGAGAACUUCACAUUCUGCUGGAGGGUGUUCUGUGCCUGGGAUUAUCUGAUAGGGAACCCUGAAGCUGCAGAGAGCAAAGGAGCAGCUAUCGUCAACAACAUCAGGGAAGCCAUUGUUGAGGAACAGGAAAAGAAGAAGGACACUAGUUUGGCUGUGUUGAUCAGUCUUCGCAUCAUCGCCAACAUCCUGGUGCUGCUGUCUCUGGCCGGCAGCAUCUACAUCAUCUAUUUUGUUGUGGACCGUUCUCAGAAACUGGAGCAGGAAAAGCCAGAGCUAUCGCUGUGGGAGAAAAAUGAGGUCAGUGUGGUGGUUUCUCUCAUCACCAUGAUUGCUCCGUCUGCCUUUGAGCUGGUGGCUCAGCUGGAGCAGUACCACCCGCGGACCUCGCUGCGGUUCCAGUUGGCCAGAGUGCUUGUCUUAUACCUGGGAAAUCUCUACAGCCUCAUAAUUGCUCUCCUGGAUAAGGUCAACAGCAUGAGCUCUGCAGUCCCAGUAAACCCUGGUAACUGGUCUGAGUCCAGCUCUUUUCUGGCCACCAUCUCCCAGCCUGAGCCCGACAGCCUGUCCACCCUGGUGUCUGAUAUUUCUUUCCCUGAGCAUCACAACAGCACUACGGCGACUGUCGCAGCAGUGACACACCUGAGCAACAGCAGCAGACCCAGCUCAGGGUUCAAUCAGACGUCUCUGUUUGAGAAAACCACUCGUUCUCAGCAAGACCAGUGCUGGGAGACCUACGUUGGGCAGGAGAUGCUGAAGCUGUCCAUCAUUGACAUGAUCUUUACGGUGGCCAGCAUCCUGCUCAUUGACUUCAUCAGAGGUUUGGUGGUUCGUUACCUGAGUGACUGUUGCUGCUGGGAUUUAGAGAGCAAGUUUCCUGAGUACGGAGAGUUUAAGAUAGCAGAGAAUGUCUUGCAUCUGAUUUACAACCAAGGAAUGAUCUGGAUGGGAGCGUUUUUCUCUCCUUGUCUUCCAGCUUUCAAUGUGCUGAAGCUGAUUGGCCUCAUGUACCUGAGGAGCUGGGCCGUCCUGACCUGUAACGUUCCUCAUCAGCAGGUGUUCCGGGCCUCCAGAUCAAAUAAUUUCUACCUGGCCAUGCUGCUGUUCAUGCUGUUCCUGUGUAUGCUGCCCACCAUCUUUGCUAUAGUGAGAUACAGACCAUCACAGCAUUGUGGCCCAUUCAGUGGUCAGGAGAAGAUUUAUGACAUCAUCUCCGACACGGUGGCCAGUGACUUUCCCCUGUGGUUCAGUAAAGUGAUGAGUUACAUCACCAGCCCUGUGGUGGUUCUGCCAGCGCUGCUGCUGCUGUUCAUGCUGAUCUACUACCUCCAGGCCAUUGCAAGGUCCCUAAAAUUUACCAACACCCAACUGAGGAUGCAGCUGCAGACUGAGCGGACUGAGGACAAGAAGAAGGUUGUCCAGUUGGCUGCAGCGAGAUUGCAAGGUCCAGAGGCUGCAGCCGACCCAAAGCCAGAUCUGCAGGAGAGCGACAUCACUAGCCAGGAAGCCUCCAUCCACACCCCGUCUCCGCGGCAGAAUGGAAGCGCCACAACAUUUCAGUCUCCUGUUUCUCACGGAACCAGCAUCCGGACCAUAACCCAAUCAGUAUCUAGGGCCGAGCUAAGCAGAGGCAGCGUGACUGGAUCUUUCAGAUGCCCUGCAGUUACCGUCCUGCCCAAACACAGGCUAGAGCACAUCCCCAACAGGCCGCCACCGUUUCUCGGUGGCCCUAGUGGAACCUGCAGGUCCAAGUCCUACCACCACAUACGGCACAAUGCUCCGGGUCACUCUCCUGACAACAUCCACUCUGACCCCCUGUAUAGAAGGACCGCUCGCUCAGCUCGGCCCAUCGAACACGCUGGGAUCAUCCCUGCGCAGAGUUGUGGAGGACGGCGCAGUCACGCCACACGCUACAUCAUCAUCAACGAGCAUGAGCCCAGGAAGAAACUGCUGCGCUCAGCCACUCGGAUCCCACGACAUUACCUCAUGGAGGAGCCAGCAGAAAUUCUGGAGCUGUACCCACGCAACAUGAAACGCUACACACACCGCACCGCUCAUCACCAGUCGCACCAUUCUCACCGGGCUUAUCUGUCACAGCAGUAUCUGAGUGAAGACGAAGAGGAUGAACAAGGUGGCAAAGGUAGGGGAAGAAUGACAUCAACAAAAGCUCAUCGGCCUCAUUCCCUCUCUGACCUCCACCAGUCAGCACACUUCUACAUUGGUGACCAAGAGGAAAGCCAUGCGCUAAGGGCUCAAAACGUUGGAGAGGAAGAUGGUGAAGGGGAAAUGGACUCAGAAGAUCUAGAGUUAGCCUCCCGGUCAAAGAGCAGUGUGAAAGGAACAGAGCCUGUUGUGGUGCGAAUAAGACAUCACGUCCAUUCCCCAGGAAGAGACGGUCAAUCCCCUGCCAGGAUCAGGCACAUGGAGUCUUAUGUGAAGACCAAGACAAGAACAAAACUGGAGACCCCUCUGACUGAGUCAGACUCUGCCUCCCUGGCCUCCAGUAGUGACCAGCAGAACAGCAGCACAGACCAAUAUAUUCAAGUCAUCCAUAACAAAGAACGCUACUUCAAGUCUGAUGCCAGUCAAGAAAACAUGGCCAAGAGAAAGUCCAAAGCCAGCUUUGAUCGAAACGUUACCGAGUCAAAUGACCUGGUCUGCUCCAACGUAUGAGGUCCCAGCUGAGAUUAUCUAAAUAUCCCACUGCACUGAAGGCACAGAUGUAAAGUAACAAUAUAUAGUAACAAGGUGUCAUUACCUGCUUAUCCUUGUGAGGAGCCAGGGUCCACCCUCCCUCAUGCAGGCAGACAACCAUGACUGUGGAAGGAUGCUUGUCCUGUAUUAUAAAGGAACAACUGUAAGAAGAACUUCACUUAAUUUACCAGUCAGUCAGAUUUUGUAUUAUCGUGUCAUGUAGUGGUCAUCUGUGUUCAGUAGUAUAGCAACUGUUCCAAUAACCUUUGUGUACAGUACAUAAGCUCAAUAACAUUAGUCAAGGAAACAAGCACAAAAGUAAAACUAAUUUACCAGCCAUGUCGUCUAUGACAGAGUCCUUGUUCCAUCCGUUUUAGAGCUACUGCCAGACGUGACUGAUGCAAAGAUGUGACUUGCUUCACUGUGCCCUUUACAGGCAAAACAACGGCCGACCUUUACGAAGCACUAUGACUGACAGGAAUCAAAGACUCAGUAAUGUUACGAAAGUACUAGUAGAAGUACCACAUCAAAUGACUUGAUAUGACAUCAUGAGGUAAAGGUGGUCUACUGCCAAAUGUUACAAUUACACAAUGAUACUUGGCACAUAACAUGAUAUUUUAUGAUGCUCACAUACAGAAUAAAUGAAGUGUGUUUAAUAUUAGUUCUCUGAUUAUUUUAUCUACAGGCAAAUCAAAGCAAAAUUAGAAAACAGAAUAUCGUAUUAGAAAAUACAAAACAGUCACGCAAAUAAAAAACAAAGCAUUGAUUUACAUUAUGGAUCUGUCAAAUAUUUGCGACAGUCUGGACUGAAGCGUCAAAAUAAUCUGUGUAACAGUCUGCUGGAAAUAAAAUAAACCUUUCACCAAUCACAAA